CUUUCUCUCUCUAACCCCGCCCCUUUCUCUCUCUACACUCUCUCUCUCUCUUCUCAUUAUAAUCCGCCCCCUUUUCGUUUUCCCCCCACUGUUUUCUUUUCUCUCAGUGGAUUUUCGUCGAAUAGGUCAUCUGCGCAAAUGGGUUCUUGUAAAUGAUCACGUAGAAGAAGAAUUUAGUGGGAAUUGUGAUCUGGGUUCUCCCAUUUUUGUUGAGAUCUCGGGGUGUGGUGCUCCUUUUUCUGAUUUGUUUGUGCAGCAUGUCCGAAGGCCAGAGAUCACCAAUCAUGGCAGAAGCUUGGCAAAUGAAUGGAGUAGUGAAUGGAACUGUUCACCUCAAACACACAGCUACAUUGUUAAAGGUCGAUGAGUUUUGUCAAGCCCUCGGUGGUAAAUCACCCAUUCACAGCAUAUUGGUUGCCAAUAAUGGAAUGGCGGCUGUUAAAUUUAUUCGUAGUAUUAGAUCAUGGGCUUUGGAAACCUUUGGAUCGGAGAAAGCGAUUCUUUUGGUAGCUAUGGCAACACCAGAAGACUUGAGAAUAAAUGCGGAGCAUAUUAGGAUUGCAGAUCAAUUUGUGGAAGUUCCUGGUGGAACAAACAAUAAUAACUAUGCUAAUGUUCAACUUAUCGUGGAGACUGCAGAAAUAACCCAUGUUUCGGCCGUUUGGCCUGGUUGGGGCCAUGCAUCUGAGAACCCAGAACUUCCGGACGCACUGAGUUCAAAAGGAAUAAUCUUUCUUGGGCCUCCAGCUUCAUCAAUGGCUGCACUAGGGGAUAAAAUCGGUUCGUCUUUGAUUGCUCAAGCAGCAGGAGUACCCACCCUUCCAUGGAGCGGUUCACAUGUUAAAAUUCCACCGGAAAGUUGCUUGGACUCCAUACCUGAGGAAAUAUAUAGAGAAGCUUGUGUUUAUACCACAGAGGAAGCUGUGGCUAGCUGUCAUGUGGUCGGCUAUCCUGCCAUGAUUAAGGCUUCCUGGGGUGGCGGUGGCAAAGGGAUAAGAAAGGUUCAUAAUGAUGAUGAAGUGAGAGCAUUGUUCAAACAAGUGCAAGGUGAAGUUCCUGGUUCACCAAUAUUCAUAAUGAAGGUUGCAGCACAGAGUCGGCAUUUGGAAGUUCAGUUACUAUGCGACCAAUAUGGUAAUGUGGCUGCCCUACACAGUCGAGACUGUAGUGUGCAAAGGCGGCAUCAAAAGAUUAUUGAAGAGGGACCAAUUACUGUUGCUCCUCCCGACACCGUGAAACAGCUGGAGCAGGCAGCUCGGAGGCUUGCUAAAUGUGUGGGGUAUGUUGGUGCUGCCACUGUAGAGUAUCUUUACAGCAUGGAAACUGGCGAAUACUAUUUCCUAGAGCUCAACCCUCGGUUACAGGUGGAACAUCCUGUAACUGAGUGGAUAGCUGAGAUAAAUUUACCAGCAGCUCAAGUUGCUGUAGGAAUGGGAAUACCUCUUUGGCAAAUACCAGAGAUCAGGCGUUUUUACAAUAUGGACCAUGGCGGAGGAUACGAUGCUUGGAGAAAAACAUCAGUUGUUGCAACCCCAUUUGAUUUUGAUAAAGCAGAAUCAGUUAGGCCGAAAGGUCAUUGUGUGGCCGUCAGGGUUACCAGUGAGGACCCAGAUGAUGGUUUUAAGCCCACAAGUGGAAAAGUGCAGGAACUGAGUUUUAAAAGCAAGCCGAAUGUAUGGGCUUACUUCUCUGUAAAGUCUGGAGGUGGGAUUCAUGAGUUCUCUGAUUCUCAAUUUGGGCAUGUUUUUGCAUUUGGGGAGUCCAGGGCCUUAGCAGUAGCUAAUAUGGUGCUUGGGUUAAAGGAGAUCCAGAUCCUUGGAGAAAUUCGCACAAAUGUUGAUUAUACCAUAGAUCUCUUGAAUGCUACAGAAUAUAGAGACAAUAAAAUUCAUACUGGCUGGUUGGAUAGCAGAAUAGCUAUGCGGGUUAGGGCUGAGAGGCCUCCUUGGUACCUUUCCGUUGUUGGAGGAGCUCUAUAUAAAGCAUCAACAAGCAGUGCAGCGAUUGUUUCAGAGUACGUUGGCUAUCUAGUAAAAGGUCAAAUCCCUCCUAAGCACAUAUCACUUGUCAAUUCAGUUGUUUCUUUAAAUAUCGAAGGGAGCAAAUACACGAUUGAGAUGGUGAGGGGUGGACCUGGUAGCUACAAAUUGAGGAUGAACCAAUCAGAGAUUGAAGCAGAAAUCCAUACCUUGCGUGAUGGUGGUCUUUUGAUGCAGUUGAAUGGAAAUAGCCAUGUUAUCUAUGCUGAAGAUGAGGCUGCUGGUACUCGCCUUCUUAUCGAUGGAAGGACAUGCUUGCUGCAGAAUGAUCAUGAUCCAUCUAAAUUAGUAGCCGAGACACCGUGCAAGCUUCUCCGCUUUCUGGUUUCUGAUGGUGCUCAUGUUGAUGCUGAUGCACCUUAUGCGGAGGUUGAGGUGAUGAAGAUGUGCAUGCCGCUUUUAUUGCCUGCUUCUGGAGUUAUUCAUUUUGUGAUGUCUGAAGGCCAGGCGAUGCAGGCUGGGGACCUUAUAGCAAAGCUGGAUCUUGAUGAUCCGUCCGCUGUGAGGAGGGCUGAACCAUUUCACGGCACAUUUCCAAAACUCGGACCCCCUACUGCAGUUUCUGACAAAGUUCAUCAAAGAUGUGCGGCCAGUUUAAAUGCUGCUCGAAUGAUUCUUGCAGGCUAUGAACAUAACAUUCAAGAAGUCAUGCGAGAAUUGCUGAACUGUUUAGAUAGUCCUGAACUCCCUUUUCUCCAGUGGCAAGAGAGCAUGUCUGUAUUGGCAACUCGACUCCCAAAAGAUCUUAAGAAUGAGUUGGACACAAAAUAUAAAGAGUAUGAAUCAACUUCAUCUUCCAAGAAGAACAUUGAUUUCCCUGCCAAAUUACUAAGAGGGGUUCUCGAGGCUCAUCUCUCCUCCUGCUCUGAGAAAGAUAGAGCUGCACAAGAGAGGCUUGUGGAACCCCUUAUGAGUCUUGUAAAGUCUUACGAGGGUGGAAGAGAAAGCCAUGCACGUGUAAUUGUGCAGUCUCUUUUCGAGGAGUAUCUGUCUGUUGAAGAACUAUUCAGUGAUAACAUUCAGGGUGAUGUGAUAGAAAGGCUUCGUCUGCAACACAAGAAAGAUCUCCGAAAAGUUGUAGACAUUGUUUUGUCCCAUCAGGGUGUGCGGAGUAAAAAUAAGCUGAUACUACGACUUAUGGAAGCAUUAGUUUACCCCAACCCUGCUGCUUAUAGGGACCAGCUGAUUCGAUUUUCUGCUCUUAAUCAUACUACUUACUCUGAGUUGGCACUUAAAGCGAGUCAACUUCUCGAACAAACCAAACUGAGUGAGCUCAGAACAAGCAUUGCUAGAAGUCUUUCGGAGCUAGAGAUGUUCACUGAGGAAGGAGAGCGUGUCUCUACCCCUAGGAGGAAAAUGGCGAUCAAUGAGAGAAUGGAGGAUCUCGUCAGUGCUCCGUUGGCAGUUGAGGAUGCCCUGGUGGCUUUGUUUGAUCACAGCGACCCUACCCUUCAAAGAAGAGUGGUGGAGACGUAUAUACGCCGAUUGUAUCAGCCCUACCUCGUCAAGGAUAGCGUGCGUAUGCAAUGGCAUAGAUCAGGUCUGAUUGCUUUUUGGGAGUUUUGUGAGGAGCAUAUUGAGAAAAGAAAUGGGACUGAGGAUGCAAUGCCCGAUAAAAUGUUAGUAGAAAAACACUGCGAGAAGAAAUGGGGUGCAAUGGUCAUCAUUAAAUCUCUUCAAUUUCUGCCAACAGCAAUCAGUGUUGCUUUGAAGGAGGCUACACAUUGUUUAAACUAUGCAGCAGACAAUGAAUCAAUCUCAAAUGCGACUCCUGGGCACGCUAGUCAAGGCAACAUGCUGCAUGUUGCAUUGGUUGGCAUUAAUAAUCAAAUGAGUACACUUCAAGACAGUGGUGAUGAGGAUCAGGCCCAGGAAAGGAUAAACAAAAUAGCCAAGAUUUUGAAGGAGAAGGUAUUGAGCUCUGACCUCUGUAAUGCAGGCAUUAGAGUUAUUAAUUGCAUCAUACAGAGAGAUGAGGGUCGAGCACCUAUGCGCCACUCAUUCCAUUGGUCUGAGGAAAAGCUUUAUUAUGAGGAAGAGCCGCUUCUUCGUCACUUGGAACCUCCUCUAUCUACAUUCCUUGAAGUGGAAAAGCUGAAAGGUUAUGGUAAAAUACAGUAUACACCAUCUCGAGAUCGGCAGUGGCACCUAUACACUGUUGUCGAUCCCCAGGCACGGGUCCAGAGGAUGUUUCUCCGUACCCUAGUCAGACAACCUAGACUCUCUAGUGGAUUUUCAUCAAGCCAAGAUGUUAAUACAGUAAUUAGCUGUGCCAAAUCUUCUUUAUCCUUCACAGCAUCCAGCAUAUUGAGAUCAUUAAUGGCAGCUUUGGAAGAAUUAGAGCUUCACGUUCAUAACACCACCAUCAGAUCUGAUCACUCCCACAUGUAUUUGUGUAUAUUGAGAGAACAGCAACUUUAUGAUCUUAUUAAUUAUUCAAGGACAAUUGAUGUGGAUGCUUGCAAAGACGAAGCUACCGUCCAAGUGAUCUUAAAAGAAAUGGCUUUGAAGAUUCAUGAAUUGGUUGGGGCAAGGAUGCAUCGUCUAGCUGUCUGCGAGUGGGAAAUGAAAAUUUGGUUGGAUUGUGAUGGGCUUGCUCAUGGUGCUUGGAGAAUUGCAGUGACCAAUGUCACUGGCCAUACUUGCACUGUACAUGUCUAUCGAGAAUUGGAGGACAACAAAUCACACGAACUAGUUUACCAUUCUGCCACCUCGGUGCCUGGUCCUUUGCAUGGCGUGCCGUUAUCUGCUCUAUAUCAACCUUUGGGUCCUAUUGAUCAAAAACGUUUAGCAGCUAGGAAGUCCAACACCACGUAUUGCUACGAUUUUCCACUGGUGUUUGAAACUGCUCUUCGCCAGUCAUGGGCAUCUUACUCUCAAGCAGAAGUCAAAGCUCCGGGAGAUGGUCGUGAUAUUCUCAGAGUCAAAGAACUUAUGUUCUCUGACAAAACUGGAGCAUGGGGUACUCCUUUAAUUCUUGUUGACCGUACCCCCGGUCUAAAUGAUGUGGGCAUGGUUGCUUGGUCCGUAGAGAUGCUCACACCAGAAUUCCCCAAUGGAAGAAAUAUCAUAGUCGUCGCAAAUGAUUGUACAUUCAAACACGGCUCUUUUGGUCCCAGAGAAGAUGCUUUCUUUGAUGCUGUCACCAAUCUCGCAUGUGAGAAGAAGCUCCCCCUUAUUUACUUAGCAGCAAACGCAGGUGCGCGAAUUGGGUUGGCGGAGGAAGUAAAGUCCUGCUUUCGUGUUGGUUGGUCUGAUGACUUGAGUCCAGAGCGUGGCUUUCAUUACAUGUAUCUCACUCCCGAAGACUAUAUGAAAAUCAGCUCAUCAGUCAUAGCUCACGAACUUAAACUAGAAAGCGGUGAAAUUAGAUGGGUCCUUGAUUCCAUAGUCGGGAAGGAGGACGGACUCGGUGUGGAGAAUUUAUCAGGAAGCGGGGCCAUAGCAAGUGCUUAUUCUAGGGCGUACACAGAGACCUUCACUCUAACCUAUGUCACUGGUCGAACUGUUGGAAUCGGAGCUUAUCUUGCUAGGCUUGGCAUGAGAUGCAUUCAGCGCCUGGACCAGCCUAUAAUUUUAACUGGGUUUCCUACUCUCAAUAAGCUCCUUGGCCGUGAAGUGUACAGCUCCCAUAUGCAACUUGGUGGACCAAAGAUUAUGGCGACAAAUGGGGUCGUUCAUCUAACAGUUUCAGAUGAUCUUGAAGGUGUUUCGGCCAUUUUGAAGUGGCUUAGCUAUGUUCCUCCGUUUGUAGGUGGGCCCCUCCCUAUUUCAAGGCCCAUGGACCCACCUGAGCGACCAAUUGGCUACUUCCCGGAGAAUUCCUGUGAGCCACGUGCGGCUAUAAGUGGGAUUCAAGACAGCAAAGGAAAUUGGUUAGGGGGCAUUUUCGACAAAGAUAGCUUCAUAGAGACAUUAGAAGGUUGGGCGAAGACAGUGGUAACGGGAAGAGCAAAACUUGGUGGAAUUCCCGUGGGGAUCAUAGCCGUCGAAACCCAAACACAAAUGCAAGUCAUACCAGCUGAUCCAGGUCAGCUCGAUUCGCACGAAAGGGUGGUCCCACAAGCUGGCCAAGUUUGGUUCCCCGACUCUGCCACUAAAACCUCUCAAGCUUUAUUGGAUUUUAACCGUGAAGAAAUUCCGCUCUUUAUUCUUGCUAAUUGGAGAGGGUUUUCAGGUGGGCAGAGAGACCUAUUUGAAGGGAUUCUUCAAGCAGGGUCCACAAUUGUUGAGAACUUAAGGACUUACAAGCAGCCUGUGUUUGUUUACAUUCCUAUGAGUGGAGAGCUUCGCGGUGGUGCGUGGGUCGUGGUGGAUAGCAAGAUCAACUCAGAUCACAUUGAGAUGUAUGCGGAGAGGACAGCAAGAGGCAAUGUGCUUGAGCCGGAAGGGCUUAUUGAGAUCAAGUUCAGGUCGAAAGAGCUUAUUGAGUGCAUGGGACGGCUUGACCCAGAAGUCAGAAGCCUGAAGGAAAAGCUCAAAGAAGCCAACGAAGAUGGAAACCAAGCCGAGGUACAAUCCAUUCAGAAGAGGAUAAUGUCGAGGGAGAAGCAGCUGUUGCCUAUAUACACUCAAAUUGCCACCAAGUUUGCCGACUUGCAUGAUACUCCAUUGAGAAUGGCGGCCAAAGGAGCGGUUAGAGAAGUAGUAGACUGGGAGAAUUGUCGCUACUUCUUCUAUAAAAGAUUGCUUAGAAAAGUCUCCGAAGGACUUCUUGUUAAGAGUGUUAGGGAUGCUGCUGGGGAGCAGCUUUCAUACAAAGCUGCGAUGGGUUUGAUCAAGAAGUGGUUUUCCGCUUCGCAAUCGGGUGAAGCAGACUACAAUAAUUGGGAUGAUGAUGAGGCUUUCUUUAAAUGGAAAAAUGACGCUAGAAACUAUGAGAGCUAUCUCAAGGAUUUAAGGGCUCAGAAAGCAUUCCAAGUGCUCUCGAGUUUCAGUGAAUCAAGUUCGGAUUUGGAAGCUUUGCCUCAAGCCCUUUCUGCUCUUCUCUGCAAGAUGGAUCCUUCUAGAAGAACGCAAUUAGUCGAAGAACUCAAACAGAUUCUUGAUUGACCGAUCGACAAGGACCACAUGUAUGAUAUUGUUGAUCGGAAUAAGCUACUGAUUAAAGCCGAAUAAUUCUCGCAGACGAGAGAAUAGAAGAAACACGAACACUGCAUUCGGAAUUAAAGGAUUUGUUCUCUAACAGCAGCCGCUUUGUUACCGGCCCUGUUUAUCGGUUCUUUUCGGUCGCAACUGUAUAUAAUAAUGAUUGAUGCUUGUGCGGGAUCAGGUUGUAGAGUAGUUACAAUUAUUAUUAUGAAAUUGCUUUGGAGAGACUCUUAUUUUUAUAGGCAAGUGUUCUUUAUCUAGCACUUAAGUGUAACUUGAGGAUUGUCAUUGUCUUUUUUCUUUUUUUUUUCUUUAAGAUAUUUUUGGAAAUUACUUUGUUUUUUUGUUGAUGCUUCUAUUGUGACGGUUUGUUAGUGGUA